ACCGCAUCAUCCAAACAACCCACGUCGCUCAUUCACCAUCCGUUCCUGCGCCAUCGCAAUAUCUUACCUCUCCUUCUCCUUUUGUUUUAGCAAGCGCAACCGCUGAGACUGUUUUCCGCCCAUGGUUCUUGCCCGCGUGGCUAAUCUGUUCAGCCCUGGAAUCCCAAGCAGUCUCGUCGAUGAUGGGAGGAGGGGAGGAGGCUUUGCGAUGGAAAGCAUGGAAUCGCUCCCGGAGAUUAGAGAGGAGACACCAGUGCGAGAGGAGGUAGAUCACGAGGCUGUGCGGCCGCCGUACAUUCAUGCUAUGUUGGCAGGAGGGAUAGGAGGCACGACAGGCGACAUGCUGAUGCAUUCGCUCGAUACCGUCAAGACACGGCAACAGGGCGACCCGCACAUGCCACCGAAAUACACAUCCAUGGGCAACACAUACUACACGAUAUGGCGGCAGGAGGGCAUACGGAAAGGCUUGUAUGGUGGAGUGCAACCAGCAUUUUUGGGCUCGUUCUCGGGGACGGUGCUGUUCUUCGGCGCAUACGAGUGGAGCAAGAGGUGGAUGAUCGACUACGGCAUCACGCCGUCAAUCUCGUACUUCACCGCCGGCCUCAUCGCAGAUCUCGCCGCCGCACCCGUCUACGUCCCCUCCGAAGUCCUCAAGACGCGCCUCCAGCUGCAGGGUCGCUACAACAAUCCUUUCUUCAAUUCCGGAUAUAAUUACCUCUCUACAGUACACGCAGCGCGCACAAUAGCGAGGAUCGAAGGUUUUGGCGCGUUGUUCUAUGGAUACAAAGCGACUCUCUGGCGGGACCUGCCUUUCUCCGCCCUACAAUUCGCGUUUUACGAAGAGGAGCGCACGAUCGCGAAGCGCUACGUCGGCUCGAAUAAUAUUGGCCUGCCCUUGGAAAUCCUGACGGCAGCGAGCGCAGGGGGCAUGGCAGGCGUGAUAACGACUCCUCUAGAUGUCGUGAAAACGCGCAUCCAGACCCAGGUCAAUGGAUCGCCCUCUGCAUCGGUGCACCCGGCGACGGCGACGCUCUCUCCCUCCUCGUCCUCGAGACAUUCGAGCGCCCCCAAACCCGGUAAACCACCUCCGACGCAAUCGAAUCGCCCGAUAUCCACGUCCUCGCCCUCCACCACGCUCCGUGCCCACAGCGCCGCUACCCUCGACACAUCAUCCGUAAUAACAGGGCUGAGGAUUAUAUACAAGACAGAAGGGAUAUGGGGAUGCUUCAGGGGUGUAGGACCGCGCGCUGUUUGGACGUCAGUGCAGUCCGGGACAAUGCUGGUGCUGUAUCAGACGCUGUUGAAGUGGUUUGAGCAGCACCCGCUGGUUAAGAUCGAGAAUAAUGCUGUGUAGGAUUAGCAUAUUUGUAUACUAGGAGGAUGUGUGACGAAUAAGAUUAUGCAUAGAUGGCGUUCAGGAGGAAGUUCGCCCGCGAGCGGCGUGCGAUAGACAUUUAGAAGCUUGGAAUACUAUACUCUUGCCAGCAACGAACUUAGUCGCUUUCGAGGGUUAUUGUGACAAGGGGUGCAUCGGGGCAGGCCAUAUCAAACGAGGCGGAGGUAGCUUCGGCGGGCCUAGAG